CCUGUAGAUAGUGCCAACUGUAGAGAUGUAUUUGAAUUUAUUUUUAAGAGCUGAUAAUUACAAAUACAAUACUCAUAAAUUGAAUUGCUAAUUACGAGUUGUGUCAAUCUGGAAAUGUCUAAGUGAACUGGCAAAUGAACACGCGAUGUAAUCUCUAAAAAUGUGUUAUCUCUCAAAAUAUCUUGUGUUUUUGAUACGUAGAGAAAGCAGGAGAUAUUUUAAAAUAGAAGAUUAUGGUUCGACACUUAACACAGCGAGUAAUUGCAGGUUUUCUGCUCAAACAUCAGCGGCAGCUUUUAAAUCCAGCUCUUUCGUUAUGUGAAUAUUCGCCUUUGUCCAUCCCUCAGGAUAGAAUGAUGUGCAAGCAUGUAGACGUAGUUGAUCAUACCUGUAAAGUAUCGAAUUACAACGACUAUCUCUUUAACUACAAUCCUAUUAUAUGGAUCCUGACAAACACUCUCGUAGAAAUACUUGGCAUUUCAAAAUUGGAAAUUAAAAAAAUUCUCAACAAGAAUCCUCAGCUAAAAAAGAGAUCCAGAGCGAAUAUUCUGAACAAUUAUUACAAUCUUAUAGAAGCUGGUAUACAAAUAGAUACUAUCAAAAAUAAUGUCUGGCUUCUGGCAUAUGAAAACAAUAAACUUCUGGAUAAGCUUAACUGUAUAAAGGUUCUUAACAUGGAUAACAACCAGCUAAUACCAUGGCUGCAUUUGACUCAAGUUGAAUUAGCAAAUUAUGUGUAUUACACUCAACAGGAUACAGAUUCUUAUAUGUUUAAUAGAAUGGAGUAUUUGUCUCAUAAAUUAGAGUGCAGUAUAAAACAAUUAUGUGAAAUAACAGUAUUAAAUUCAUUUUUAAUGAAAAUUUCACUUUCUUCUGUGGAUAAAAAAUUGAAUAUAUUAUUUGAAUAUAAUGUAAAUAAUACAGAUAUACUAAAAAAUGUAUGGGUGCUUAGAUAUAGUGAAAAUCAUAUACGUCAUAUAUGUGAGUUAUAUAAAGAUACAGGAAGGUUAAACAUAAAAACCAUACGAUGUCCACUUAAAAUUAUAUCGAGAGCCAUUCAAAAGAAUCAAGUGGAACUCAGCUUAAUGCAACAUUAUGGAAACAUUAGCGAAUAUUUGCAAAAUAAAUUGAAAAUCAAUGAAGAAAAGCUUAAUACAAUAAUCACGAAAGUACCAGAUAUUUUACGAAUGAAUAUAGCGAAAUUGGAUCAGUUAAUUAAUAUAUUACAAGCGAAUAAAAUUACUAGUGAAGAAAUAUUAUGGAAUGCACAAAUACUUUCUUUCAAUGUAGAAAAUAUACGAAAACGAAUUCAGAUUUUGAAGAAAGAGGGUCUUAUACCAAAUAUUAUUAUACUAAGUCAAAGUGAACAUAUGUUUAAUCGAUAUAUAGAAAUGAAUGCUAGACGACAAGAAAUAUUGCAAGAAUAUGGAAAUAUUAAAAAUUAUUUGAUCAAGAAAUUAGAUGUGGAUGAGGAACUUAUCGAAAAAAUAAUUACAAAAUAUCCGUCUAUUUUACGGAUAAAUAUAAUAAAAUUAAGUGGAGUGAUCGAUAUAUUACGACAAAAUGGUUUUACGGGUGACGAGAUAAUACGUUCCCACAGUAUUUUGUAUUUUAAACCGGAAACAAUAUAUAAGCGAAUUGAGAUGUUAAAGGAAAGCGGUAUAACACCAAGAAUCAUUUUACUAAUAUCUAUUAAAAAAAUAUAAGU